GACGAGGUUUUCUGGACAGUUUUCAAUUUAUUUUUUUAACUAUAACUUUAAUAUAAAAGAAGGGACAAGAUACUUUCUAUAAAUAGUGAGUUUUUUGUAAUAAAGGUUUUUAUUUAGUUCUCACGUUGACGUCUUAAAACAAACCACAUUACCCGAAAGCCUUUAGGGCGCGUGUCCACCCACCACUGUGUGGAUCACAGCCGCAGCCCUGGUGAAUGAAUACAAUUGGAAUUGCUGCAGCUACAGUGCAUGUAGACCGACGGGCUCUGCAGCGUUGCAUUCUACCGCGCUGUAAUACAUGGCCACAGCGGUGCAGAACCCCAUCAAACCACAAUCUGCAGGUGCAGUCACCAGCUUUGGUGAAAACUUUUAUAAGGAGGCAAUUGAACAAUGUCGCAGUUAUAAUGCCCGUCUGUGUGCAGAGCGCUCCAUGCGUCUACCCUUUCUGGACUCUCAGACAGGUGUGGCUCAAAGCAACUGUUACAUCUGGAUGAGGCAGAAUCACCGUGGACAAGGCCAUGAACCAGGUCAGUUAUACACAUAUCCUGCUCGCUGCUGGCACAAGAAGAAACGCCUAAACAUCUUGGAGGUCCCACAGUUUGUACCUAUUGAUUUUAAAAUUGAUUAUAAAUCCUCUCUAAAGAAGGAAGAAGAAAUGCCUGAAGGUCCUUUACUGGAGUCACUGUUUCCUGGGGAAACUUUAGAGAAGAAAUCAGAAUCUAAGAAAGAAGAGACAAUGACUGAGUGUCAGAAGUUGCUGGUUGGGGAUUUUCCUCUAGAGCUUGAGAUGGAUGAGCAGGAAGAAGAAGCUCCAAAAAGAAAAAAACGUACCAAGGCCCGGGCUUACAAUGUCGGAAAUAUGAGAAAAAGACAAGAGUUUUCAGCUGCUGAGGAAAGAGACAAGCCUUUUGUUUGUGACAUAUGCGGAAAGCGAUAUAAGAACCGUCCAGGGCUGAGUUACCAUUACACUCACACACACAUGGCGGAUGAGGAGGGUGAAGAACACUUAGAGAGACAUACACUUCCCUUUCAGCCCAAGAACAACCACAAGCCCAAGAAAGCUCCAGAUGGUUCAGUGAUUGCCAAUGGUUACUGUGACUUUUGUCUUGGGGGAUCAAAAAAAACAGGCUGUCCUGAAGACCUUAUUUCUUGUGCAGACUGUGGACGUUCAGGCCACCCAUCAUGUCUACAGUUCACAGUGAACAUGACGGCUGCAGUCAGGACUUAUAGAUGGCAGUGCAUCGAGUGCAAGUCCUGCAGCCUGUGUGGAACAUCUGAAAAUGAUGACCAGCUGCUAUUCUGUGACGAUUGUGACCGAGGCUACCACAUGUACUGUCUGACCCCCCCCAUGUCGGAACCACCAGAGGGGAGCUGGAGAUGUCAGCUGUGUCAAAGACAACUGAAGGAGAAGGCUUCUGCUUACAUCACACUUAAUUGAUCUAUACUUCUGAUAUUCAUUCUUUUGGACUAUUCCACUCUCCUUUACAAGUCUCUGUGUGCCUCUGCUACCCAUGUCCUCCUCUCACAGACUGAAGGCCAUUUUCCCAGAACAUAUUCUUUCACAUGUUUUGGCACUACUAAAUCCAGAGCAUCCACAGCACCUAUCCCUAAACAUUACUCAGUGGUGAGGCAAACUAAUGUUGAUUUUAGUCAUAUACUACAUUCCUUGCUGUGUUCUGAUUGCCCUCCAACCCCCUUACAGUCUGGUUUCAUCAGGAUUGAUGGCAAGUAAGAGACACUCCAGCCCUGCAAGGGUGCUCACGAGUUGCAAUAGAGAGAGAGAGACCCCGCUGUAAUGUCAUUUCUCUUACCAGCUUCUUACUGGAGACUGAAGAGAGUGUUUUUAUUGACAAACCUUCAUACAUUACUUGUAUAUAUCUGAUGUCUUUUCAAAAAAUGACCAAACCCAUACCCUUUCUGGCCCAGAGGUUCUGUCUGUAAUAGAUCACAAUUGAAGCCACAUAAAGUCAAAGUUUUCUCCCAGAAUUAAUUCCUGAUUGUUACCUUAUCAUGAGAGAUCCCUGUGUCACUGUGUUAAACUGAAGCAUAGUUAAGGAAUAACAGAAAAGUCUGACCUUCCAAAAGACAUCUAAUACCAGCCUUUAUUGCACUAUUCAGGGGUUUAUAAAUCCUCAUAAAAUGCCUUAAAGUGAUCAUUACUUCCUGGUUGAGCUAUAAUAAAUUAUUACUUAUUAUUAUUACUAAUAAUGUUAAAAACCUUAUCUUUAACAGCUGAAAUGUAAUUUGUUGCGACCCUUUGUUUUAGCCAUUGAAUUAGCAUUAUAUUACAUUGUUGUUAGUAGGGAUGCACUGAUAGAUCAGAUGAACUACUGGUCAAUGUUCGCCUCGUUAACUGCGAUUGGCCAUCAGGAAAUUGGCACAUACGGUAAAUUAUAAAUGUAUCUGCACCUAAUCUGUCAGAAAUAUAGUAGCAUUGCUCGGCAGAGAAUGAUGAACCUGCCAAGUGCUUUUGACAUAAGGUUUAAUCAGCCUGGAGUACACAGGGUUACACAGGCUGCUGUGGGCUGUAGCCAACACC